AUGCAGUUCACCAAGGCUCUCCUCUUCCUCUCGGCCCUCGCGCCCGUCGCGUUCGCCGCUGAAUCUACCACAGCCGACUGUGUCACUCAGACCAUCACUCUGGUGCCUUCUGGCUACACUCCUCCCCCGUCGUCUACCUCGACUCCCACCUCAACCUCAACUGCGACUGAAAUCUCCUCGUCAACCUGGACACCUGUCGUCACUAGCACUCCUUCCUCCAGUUCUACUCCUUCUAUGAGCCGUAUUGCCAGCUCCUCCACCCGCCUGAUCAAGGCUAGCAGCACCCCGGCUGGUGGGAGUGCCUGGGCUACUCCUUCUGCCCCUGCUGUUGCCGGUGCUGCCUCAAUCCACCUCCCUGCCUUCAUGGCUGCUGGCGUAGCUGCCAUUGCCGGACUUCUUGUGAUUUAA